AUGCCAGGCAGUCAGGAAACGGUUAACUUAUCAAAUACAACGUCAAAUGGUAAUAGAGCAAGACUACCUGAGGUAGGAUGGCUUAUAGCAUGGAAUGUAAUGGCAACCUUAACAGUUGUAUUCAAUUUAGUGAAUAUUAUCAUCAUUUCUGCCAAACAACGUUUGCGAAACUUUACUCAUAUCAUUAUGGCAAGUAUGUUUACCGCAGAUAUUCUAUUCGCUUUAACCUAUCUUUAUCCUCGUUUCGGGCACCCUUCUCAAGGAAGAGAUCAUUGGCUUUAUUGUACAUUGAUGUAUAACAUUUCACCAACUAUUAUCAUCUCCAUUAAUUUACAUCUUCUAGCUGUUAGUAUUGACAAAUUAAUUGCUAUAGAAUCGCCUGUAUUCUAUCGCAAAAAUUCGAAACCUGUGUAUGCCUUACUUAACGUUGUCGCAAUUUGGGCCAGUUCGCUGAUUCUUGGCUUUUUACCAGUCAUGACCUUUCGACCACUAGUCCCCGGUGCAUGUAUAUUUUGGAAUAUGAAGGAGAUCGAUAGAGAGAUGACUUAUACCGUCAUUCAUGUUAUCUUGUUCUAUAUCUUGCCAUUUAUUAUCAUGACUUUCGUUUACAUCCGUUUAUUUUGCGCCGCAAAAUCGUUCAGCUUACGUUUAGCCAAAAAGCACGCUAUCUAUCAUGUUCAUCAACCCGUCGUUAGGCAAAAUUCAACAUCAAAGAGACAUUAUAAGACCGCGAAGGUGCUUGCUAUCCUGGUAUCUACCUAUUUUGUCAUGUGGACACCAUACUACGUCUACUACCUAUUAUUUAUAUUUGUCCCUUGGACUGUACUAAGUAAAUUACGUGGUAUAGUCUAUUUUUUAACCUAUACGCGUUACAUGGCCUUCAGUUAUCCCGCUGUUAAUGCAAUCUUAUAUGGCUACUUAAUUAAAGAUGUCCGCAUUACUCUCUAUCACUGUUUAUCAGCUAAAAUCAGACAAGAUUCUCUAAGACGUAGUUAA